AAUCAAAAUUCGCUAAAAUUAAUGACAAAAUUGUUAACAAGAAGGACAACAGUAAUAAUGGUAAAUUCAGAAAAUAUAUGCCAUCUUUGUUUGGCAAAAAUAAAAUUUGCAAAUAUAAUUAUAAUGUUGAAAUCGUGUGCCCACCUUUAUAUGGGUGUGUCACCGAUUUCAGGAAUAACAAUAAUAAGAAAGUUUCAUUUUGUGAAGUGGUUGAAGUUGGGUCAGCAAUUCAAUCUUAUGAUAGAAGAGGUCAACUUUAUGGCAUUAGAAAAGAUGAAGAAAUAGAUAUAUGGUUUAUUGGAGAAACCCACGUCAAGACUCAAUAUAAUUUGACCCAAGAAGUUAAUACUUCUUUAUAUGAAAUUAAAAAGAACUCUGGUGUUUGGGGACAAGGUGAAGAAUGUAGAUUAUGA